ACCGAAUUUUUAUGGGGACUUGGAUUAAAGUGUAUGAUCGGACACAAAAAAGAGGCAAAGACAUGAUUUUUAUCUCGCCGCCACCAGCAAAAAGCAAACAGUACAGAGACUGGUGCUCCGAGGGAAUACUAGGAUUGUGACGUGGGUGGCUAGGAUUCCAACUGAUGUAUGCAAUAGAAGGCUGAAUUCCUUAGUAAUGUCUGGCUUCAGAUAACCUGGAUGAGUCACUUGGCAUCCGCUGUGAAUACCCUCCAUCGCCACAUCACUUUUCCAUGGCCGAUAACCACUCUGCUGAGGAGCCUCUGCUGCUGAACCUUACCGAUUCAGCGAGCGAGAAUCCGCCUCGUCCUGCCUUUGCCGCUGCGUUCGUCAAAUGGGUUCUCGGCAUUGCCAUGUGGCUGGUCCUUGGUUUCUGGGUCGUGCUUACGUUUACUUUACCUUCGGAUGCCGGGACUGAGUUCCUGGAGAGUUGGACCAGCGCGACCACGGGAAGUGUAUACGGAAUCACAGGGAGCAUGUUUCUGCUGUUCAGCGGUCCGAUUCUCGUCAUCGUUGUUCUUGCCAUAGCAAGCCUCAUGGUUUUUGGGAAGAAAGAGCUCCAAUUGAAGACGACAAGCAAAUACCCAAGGAGUCGAUUGCGGACACUUCCCAUCCUGGUCGAUGGUCCGUUCGGAGUAGUCUCAGCAGCCGAGUUUAUCGGGAUUUGCCUCUUUGUUGUGUUUGUUCUGUGGGCUUUAUAUGCUUAUACCAUGCAGAAUCUCGAAGUGUUAUCGGAGCUCUCAUUAUCUUCUGAAGGGAAAUGGAUUUUGAUGAUGAUACUUACCGGACUUCGAUUUGGUACCAUCGGGAUAUACUGCUUGGCAUUUCUCUUCCUCCCAAUUUCUAGGGGAUCUGUUCUUCUCAGUAUCAUAGAUGUCCCCUUUGAGCAAGCAACCCGGUAUCAUGUCUGGCUUGGACAUCUCACAAUGUUCUUGUUCACUCUCCAUGGGCUAUGCUUCGUAAUUGCAUGGGCGCUAGAAGGUCAACUGCUAGAUGAAAUACUGGAGUGGGCAGACGAAGGUAUUGCCGUUCUUCCCGGGGUUAUCAGCCUUUUGGCUGGUCUACUGAUGUGGGUGACUACGUUGCCUCCUGUGAGGAGGAAGAAUUUCGAGUUGUUCUUCUAUACACACCAACUCUAUGUUGUCUUCGUCGUCUUUCUGGCUCUGCAUGUUGGAGAUUUUAUCUUUUGUAUUGCCGCUGGAGGGAUUUUCCUCUUUGUGAUCGACCGGUUUCUCAGAUUCUGCCAAUCACGAAGGACUGUGGGUAUAAUUUCCGCAAGAUGCCUACCUUGCGGAAGUGUAGAAUUGGUCUUCUCAAAGCCAGCAAAUCUGCAGUACACUGCCCUGAGUUUCAUAUUCAUUCAGAUUAGGGAAUUGUCUGGCCUUCAGUGGCAUCCUUUCAGUGUUUCUUCUAGUCCUUUGGCUGGAAGGAAACAUAUCUCUGUCCUCAUAAAGGUCUUAGGGGAAUGGACCUUGAAGUUGAAGAGCAAGGUAUCGCAUAUGUCCGGCACAGAAGGAGAAAACGAACUCCGCAGCCAAUCUUGUUCCAAAAUAACGGCUUCCGUCGAAGGGCCUUACGGGCAUGAAAUUCCUUACCAUCUGACAUAUGAAAAUCUCAUUCUGGUAGCUGGAGGCAGUGGGAUUUCCCCCUUUCUGGCCGUCUUGAGUGACAUACUCCAUCUUACAAAUCAAGGCAAACCAUGCUUACCAAAGAAUGUCUUGGUGAUUUGGGCCAUAAGAAAAUCCAAUGAGCUUCAUCUGCUAUCCACUCUGGAUGCGGAGUCGAUCUGCCCUAACUUUCGCGAUAAGCUGGACCUCGAAGUUCGUGUCUAUGUCACUAGGGAAUCGGGUCCUUCACUGGAAGAAGGUAACAUUGAUGAGGGCAUCAGCACUUCUGUGUCUACUCUAUCCAGGGGAAGCGGCAUGUCUGUUCUAGUCGGUACGGGAAACCGUCUGUGGGCCGGAGCUUAUGUCAUCUCGUCCAUAGUUGGAUUUGCUGUAUCGAUGGCCCUGUUGGACAUCUUCUACAUAAACCCUUUGAAUAUAGUCUCAUGGUGGUACAAAGGCCUCUUGCUUGUAGGAUGCAUGAUUGGCAGUGUAAUCAUAUUUGGAGGCCCUGUCAUCUAUCUAUGGCAUCGCUGGGAAAAAAGAGCCAUCGCUGUCGAGGAAGCUGAGGAUGGUGAAAAGGAUGACGAGUCGCAGCAGAGUGCACAUUUUAACACAAGGCAGGACGACGUAGUCCCAAAAGAUCGUGGUGUUUCAAGGACUACGCAUUACGGCGCCAGACCAAACUUCGAAGAAAUCUUCACGUCCGUGUCUGACCGCUGGGGCGAUGUCGAUAUCGGCGUGGUCGUGUGCGGUCCCGCAUCUCUUCGGUCAAGCGUUGCUAAGCAGUGCAGGUCGCAGAACUUGAGGAGGGGAGAGCUUCACCCGGUCUUCCAUUUCAACAGCCACAGUUUCGAUCUGUAGCUGCCCUGUCA